UGAGCUAUCAUCUGCGCUCGCGCGAUAGGCGCUGAUGCGGUCACAGUGUGAGUGCCAUCAGGAAAUCAUUGUAUGUUGGUCGCUGUCUGCCACUUGCCACGAAUUCUUGAAAAGUCCCGUUUGUCUCUUUGUCAAACACUCUGGCGUGAAGAGUGCUAAGGAACGAUGUCUCAAGCGACAGCUGAGAGUUUUGCGGCCAUGAUAGAAGCUGGUAUGAGUGGGAUAGGUAUGUGGAUGCUUGGAUGGUUUGGAAUCUGGAAGGAUCUUCGUACUUGGGGAAGCAACCUCAUUCAAAACGCUCGCUGAUUUCAUGUACUGCGACAGCUUACCUCGCAGGGAUCCUUCAAUACCCCGCGAUAUGGUACAGGAUCUACAAGUACGGCGCAGACGGAAUCUCCGUACCCAGCCAACUCCUCCUCGCCCUAUCCUACCUAACCCUCUACUUCCUCCCCCUCCUCGGUCCCCACCCUUCCUUCCUGCCCUACAUCCCCUCCCUAGCCUUCGCCUUCUUCUUCAUCCCCUUCCCCCUCUACACGCUCUACCUCCUCCACACCCGUUCACGCGCCAUCUUCCCCUACACCCUCCCCUCGUCCGAAAAAUCUCAAUGUUACACCAUCAGCGCGAUCUGUCUCGGCCUGGCCUUGAUCUUUAACUACGAAUGGUUCCUCUGGGGAGGCAGGUGGGGUGAAUCGGGAGGAGGGAGGAGAGGCACGGGCGCGUGGGGUGUAGGCUGGUUGUACGAGAUUUUGUGGGCUUUUGGGACGUAUUUGGGUGCGGUCGGGGUGUGGCCUCAGUUGGCUGAGUAUGAGAGGGAGGGGAGGGCGGAGUUGAUGCGCGAUAGGUGGUUGAUGUGUUACUUGGGGUUGUUGUACUUGAGUGCGGGGAUGACGGUGCUUAGGUCCUGUCUCGGCGCUGUUAACAUCCAUUGGGACCCCCUCGCAUUCUAUGCUUCCCUCUUCACCACCGUACUUUUCACGUACUACCUCAUCAAAAUCUUCGUCUUUCGCUCUACCUCUCCCGCGUUCUCCCUCCCUUCUUUCACUUCCUCUUCCUCUUCUCCAUCCGGACGUGGACGAUCGUGGUCUGCGAGGAAUUGGUCCUGGCCAUGGAGACGAAGCGAGUAUGUCGCGCUGUCGGGCGAGGAAGAACCGUUAUAUGACGGACAUGGAGAGGACAGUGAAGAGCAGGAUCGCAUUCGUGCGAGUUCGGCGGCGGCUGCAGCUCAGGCGAGACUUGCAGCGGAACGCGCUAGAGGCGCUUUGUCCGGCGAAUAAGCCGCAUUGGAUUAUGGAGUACGAGGUCUUUAGAAACACAGAUUUAUCUAUGCGCGGUGUGGUCGGUAUCCUGUGAGUGUUCUCGGGUCUUUUACGAGUCUUUUAUGUGCACUGUCUUGGUUUCAGAGUGUAAGGCCCGAAGUAAUUU